GCCAGUCCACUGUGCAGAGAAGAUGGCAUUGAACAUGGUCGAAAGCAAAGAAUGGUACUUGGCUUCGUACGCAGCGGAAGGUGUACCGACAACCGAGCAGCAUCUAAAGCUCCGCACUGUGUCGCUAUCCCUCGAUUCCAUACCCCACCACCACGUUGCCCUUCAAACCCUCUUCAUCUCCGUUGAACCUUAUAUUCGUACCAGAAUGAGCGGCCACGAUGAUGGUCUAUGUCUUUCCCAGUAUCCCCUUAACCAGGUGAUCACUGCUUUUGGAGUAGGAAUAGUGUUGAGAUCCAAGGAUGAAAAGUACAGCGAGGGUGAUGUACUGUUGAGUGCUUUCUUACCUGUCGCUGAAUACUGCGUUGUGCCUUCCAGUGCCAUCGUAAGAAAGAUUGACCCCGCCGCUGGAAUUCCCUUGACGGAGCACCUCAAUUGUCUCGGGCUUCCUGGGUUUGCUGCGUGGUUGGGGAUACAUGUGCUGGGGGAUCCGAAGCCGGGAUCGAACGUUUUCAUAUCAGCGGCGGCGGGUGCCGUAGGAAUGGUUGCCGGACAGUUGGCUAAGCUCAAGGGCUGUCGAGUCAUUGGAAGCACCGGAUCGGAUGCCAAGGUACGACUCUUAAAGGAGGAAUUCGGGUACGACGACGCAUUCAACUACAACAAAGAAACAAAUUUUGACGCGGCUUUGAGCAAGUAUUUCCCUAAUGGUAUUGAUGUAUACCUUGACAAUGUUGGUGGUAAACUGCUUGAGGCUGUUCUGAAUCACGUCAACCUUCACGCAAGGAUUCCUGUUUGUGGAAUGAUUUCUCAGUAUAACCAGAGUUGGAGAGAGAGGGAAGGGGUCAGAAAUCUGCUAAAUAUUGUGGGAAAGGAGGUAAGAAUGGAGGGUUAUCUUGUAGGUUCCUAUUUGGACAGGUUUUCAGAUUUUGCAGUGGAGAUGGGGAGCUAUAUAAAACAUGGCAAAAUACGUUCUAAGAUCAGAUUCUAUGAAGGAAUCAAAAGCUUCGGGGAGAGUUUAGGAUCCCUUUUCUCAAGCUCUAAUGAGGGGAAAGUCAUAGUUGAAUUUAAGCCCCAGCCAUCAACUGUUAAGGUGGCUGCACCUUAGAUUCUACAUUUCAAAUUCCAGCUGCAAUAAAGAGGGAACCCACAUCUCUGGCUCAUACAGAUAUUGUUAUCGGUGCAACCAAUUGUUUGUUUGUGAUAAUAUGUGUCAAUCCUGUUGAUCUUGUGCUUGGAUCAGGAAACUUCGGGAGCUAAAUAUAUAUUUAAGUGGAAUAAAAAAUAAAAAUUGUUGUC